AUGCCCAGUAACGGAACCAGUAACGGAGCCAGCCCCGCGACCUGCACCGGGACCAGCCCCGGCACGUGCACCGGGACCUGCACCGGGACCUGUACUAGCCCCGGGACCUGCACCAGCCCCGGAACCGGCUCGGUCCAUGCCCCGGCCAUGGAGCGAGCGCGGCCGGAGACGGUGACGGUGUCCGCGGUGAGCCUAGCGCUCGGCGCGCUGUCGCUGCUGCUGCUGGUCUCCUCCAUCUCCACCGACCACUGGUACGAGACCGACACGCGCCGGCACAAGAGCAACUGCGACCGCAACGGAUCCGAGUCCAACGACCAGAAGAACCGGGAGAUGCCCAUCUACCACCUGCCGCUGGUGGACACCGGCAGUGGCGGGGCCCGGCAGCGGGACGUGGCGCGUAUGAAGCCCGUGCAUGUGGGCAGCAGAGAGGAGGAGCUGCUGGAGAACUGGAGGGCCAUCCUGGGGAUGGGCAUCCUGGAGACUGAGUGCGGGAGGCCGCUGUUCUCCGCGCACUCCGGCCUCUGGAGGAAGUGCUACUUCAAGGGCCUGGACCCCGACAUCGACAAGCUCAUCGAGCGGGGAAUUGCAGAUCGCUGCACAGCUGUGAAGUAUCACUUCUCUCAGCCAAUUAGACUGAGAAACAUCCCUCUGAACCUAACUAGGACCAUCCAACAGGACGAGUGGCACCUGCUGCACCUGCGCCGCAUCACAGCGGGUUUUCUUGGCAUGGCGGCGGCAGUCCUGCUGUGUGGGACCAUCGUGGUGUCGGUCGGGUUCUUUUGGGAGGAGAGUCUGACGCAGCACGUCUCCGGAUUACUAUUCCUCAUGGCAGGGAUCUUUUGCACCAUCUCUCUGUGUACGUAUGCAGCCAGUGUGACCUAUGACCUCUCCAGAAACCCCCCCUUCAUCUACGGUCUGCCAGCUGACGUGGAUCACGGCUACGGCUGGUCUCUCUGCUGUGCCUGGGCCAGUCUGGGUCUCACGGUGGCCGCCGGCUGCCUCGGUACCACCUUCCCCUUCCUGAGCCGGUCUGGAGCUCUGCGCUCCAAAACUGCCCGCGAGUCCUCCGUUUGAGCCGUCGGCUGUCAAUCAAACAGAGGAGGAGAAGCCGGAGGGCUUAAUGACAGAAACCUUGGUUUGUUGAACUGGGCUGCACCUGGUUUAUGUGACCUGGGUUGUGCACAGACUGGUGGCAAAGAGUCAGCAUCCAGAUGGAGCUGCAGGAGGUCAACACCUGUUUCUAAAAUGUCUUCAAUGAAUUGCACUUCUGUCAUUUAGUCACUCAACUUCGUCUGAAAAUCUUGUCUUUGCUGACCUCCAGUGGUUUAGCUCCUCAACUGGCUGCAUUGAUAAACAGGUGUACUCCAGU